CUGGUGUCGGUGGAGCGGGUCCAGCGGGUGUCUUCUCUGUCCUCCUGUCACUGGCCACAGAGGCAGCAGUCCUGUCCACACUGCUGGAGGACGUGUGUUUUUCUUGUGUUUUCGCCGUGGUCCGUUGCCGUUUCCACGCAGGGACAUGAGCCUGACUGACGGCUCGCUGCGGCUUUUGCGCUGAUUUGUGAGCAGCAUCCUUGAUAUUCCUGUAGGACGACGUUAGCCUGUCCAGGUGUCAUGACUGGAGCUGAGACUGAGGAUGAUAUUCCAUUAGGUGAAAGGAAGACUGUCACUGAUUUCUGCUAUCUCUUGGACAAGUCCAAACAACUCUUCAAUGGGCUUAGAGAUCUUCCCCAGUAUGGACACAAGCAGUGGCAAUCCUACUUUGGACGGACCUUUGAUGUCUACACUAAGCUGUGGAAAUUUCAGCAGCAGCACAGGCAGGUCCUGGACAGUCGAUAUGGCUUGAAGAGAUGGCAGAUUGGGGAAGUGGCAUCCAAAAUAGGACAACUUUACUACCACUACUACCUUCGUACCUCAGAAACAAGUUACCUAAAUGAAGCCUUUUCAUUCUACUCAGCCAUUCGUCAGCGAUCCUACUACUAUCAGGUCAAUAAAGAGAACAGACCUGAAUUAGUUGUGAAGAAACUACGAUAUUAUGCUCGCUACAUCGUCGUCUGUUUAUUGCUGAACCAGAUGGACCUAGUCAAAGUCUUGGUUAAGGAGUUGUCUGAGGAAAUUGAGGAAUACACCCAGCGAUUCAACACAGAAGACCAACUGGAAUGGAACCUCGUUCUACAGGAAGUGGCAGCUUUUGUCGAGGCAGAUCCAGUGGUGGUGCUGAAUGAAAACAAUUCUGUUGUUGUGACCAGUAGUCGGCUGCAGGAGGGAAGUGUACCUCCACUGGAACAAGGCAUGGUGGUUGGACAGCUUGUCCUUGCAGAUGCACUAAUCAUCGGCAACUGUAACAACCAGGUGAAGUUUAGUGAGUUAGCCAUCGAUAUGUUUCGCAUGCUUCAAACUUUGGAGAGGGAACCUGUGAAUCUCGCCACACAGACCUCAAAACAAGGAACACUGGAACCCAAUGAGAAACCAGCUAAAAGAGAAAAUCCUCACAAGUACUUGUUGUAUAAGCCAACAUUCAGCCAACUCUUCACGUUCCUGUCUGCCUCUUUUAAGGAAUUGCCUGCAAACAGUGUUCUGCUUGUCUACCUGUCAGCUACUGGAGUCUUCCCUACGGGACAUUCAGAUUAUGAUGGGCCAUAUGAUUUUGGAGGAGUUCUCACAAACACAAAUCGCGAUGUCAUGAAUGGAGAGAGUGGGCAGAAAAGAAAUCAGGCCCAGAAAGAAAUGCACUGCCUUCAUCCAGGAGAUUUAUUCCCUUUUACCCGGAAGCCACUUUUUGUAAUUGUAGAUUCUUCAAACAGCACAGCGUACAAGAAUUUUACAAAUCUGUUUGGUCAGCCUGUGGUGUGCCUGCUGUCUCCCACAGUCUAUCCUAAGAGUGUACAAGAUCAGUCUCAGCGUGGGAGUCUCUUCACGCUGUUCCUGUACAGUCCCCUCUUGGCCUUUUCGUCUGUGUGCGGGCUGAAUAAUGUGCGACGAGGACUGUGGGACAGAGCACAAGAAUUUCUUCACAAAGUCUACCGCGACAUUGGGCAAAUGAUCACUCGAUCACGAUCUAUAGAUCAAGCCUUUUUGCAAUUUUUUGGGGACGAGUUCCUUCGACUGCUGCUGAUCCGAUUUGUGUUCUCUUCAGCAGCACUGAGAUUGCAUAAACACUUUCGGGAGUCCAGGAGCUUUCCAGAGUCAUACCCAGAGCUCCCCAAGCAGGACACGGUGGAGAACAGCCUUCUGCAGAAGCAUAUUUUGGAGCUGGCUACCAUGCUGGAUGUGCAGAGCCUAUUUUGGGACGAUUCACUGGAAACCUACUGACAUCGACCUGCAGGGCAAACUGGCAUGUGUACACGUACAGACACUGACUCACUUGCCAGAGCCGUGAAGGUUUUUAUUUUAUUUUUUAAACCCGAUAAUGAAUUAGCUCAUUCAGCACGUAAAGGUUUAUGUUCUGUGUUUGUGGGGGAAAAAAAUGUAGUGGAACAUUAAAAUGUUCACAUAAGUAAGUUGAAGGUUUUAAUACCACAUACAUUUUCCAUUUUCCACCACAGUAGUUUGCCUCAUUGAACGCACACGGCAAAUAAUUUGUAAAUAGUCUUUCAAUUUCUCAUUCCUCAUCUAAAUGCAAAGUAUAAAACUGCAGCCUGCUAUGUUAUUACUCAUGGUAGAAAACUGUGAAGUUGGCAGUGUUAGUUUUCUAAAAAUAAAGUUUAAAAGAAUUUUUUUUUUAACUGGAGGGUUGAGUUAGUCUGAAGGACAUAGAAGAAUAAAUGUGAAGUAAAUUGAUCAAAUUGAAGCAAAAUAAGACGAAGAUGAUACUUUAAGAGAACAUAGUAUGUUAUAGAUCUCUUCAUUGGAUCAGGAAAUAUGUUAUUAGAAAAAAAAACUGGGUUUGACCAUUUGAACAUAAAUAGUGCAGUUGGUUGGAAUCUGUCAGAUUUCUUCUAAAAUCUUAUGGGGUUUGUAUUUGGCAGCUUGCUGUAUAAUGGCUUGACUUGUAGCAGACUGAGGUGCAUGAGGUUUUGGUCUGCAAGUUCUGUUGCGUUCUGUAAGCCUUCAUUCAUUGUGAAGCUAUUGUCUCACGUCAUUAACCAUGUCAGUCUAUUUAAUACCUUUUCUUGCACAUGAUUUAAAAAGCUGCAGUUUUGGCUCUGUGUAUUUUGAAAGUUAUUCCUUUAUGACGUGCUGAAUUUGUACACAAAAAAGGCACCAAAUGUAUCCUUUUAGUUCUUUUAUCCACAAAUGGCUUCCACUUCCAUGACAGAAUUUAUGAAUGACUUGAAGGUUAUUUAAAAGUGUGGGAGUUUGGAAUUGAAUCGUAAAUACUGACCGACCGUCCAUGUGCUGAAGUACUUUAAAGUGCAUGAGUUUUCACUUUUGUGUGAGUCAACAGACUGAGACAAUCUAAGGUAAGAGGAGAGGAUUUUGAGUGAUGUUUGCACUAUAACUUUUUUAAGAACAUGUAGCAUUCUGUUACGUAAAUGAAUAAUGUCAAAAUUUGUCCUUUUAACUGUCGUAAAAAAGAAGCUUGACUAACAUUUUAAACUCCUGUUAUAAAUGUAGGUCAUUUCUCGGCACGGUAAUUCUGUGGUUUGUAUGACCCUUCUAAAGGUUAUCUGCUGUCUUCUUCAAAUAUGUCGAUGCUGGCCUCAUUAUUAGGUAAUGCAACCAUAAAAUUCAAAUUUACUUCCAGAUGAAAUGGCUACAGUGGAGUUGAGGAGGGAUGAAUAUGCAGUAAC